CAACACAAAGCUGUAAGUCAGCAAAUCGGGCCUCAGAUCAGAUGUGUCUUUCUUCUUCUUCCGUAGAGUGACUCUGAACAUCAAAUUCACAACAACAACAACAAAAAAAAAGAAAAAAAUCUUUUUCUCCUUCUUACUUCAUGGUUGCUCACCUCUAAGAGACGAGAACAGCGUCGGUUUAAAGAGUUCUUCUGCGUUUCACUCGCCAUGGCUCAGAAGCCGGCGGAACAGUUGAAUGAGUUCGGAUCGAAACUUGACCUAACUCCUGUUUCGAAAGAUUCGUUGCUCAAACUCUUAAAGGAAUCUGCUGUUUGUCUUUCUGAGUUGGAGCAGUCUCCACCACCUGCAGUGCUCAAGUCCAUUCAGCCUUUCCUUGAUGCAGUUAUUAAACCUGAAAUUCUCAACCAUCAAGACAAGGAUGUCAAGCUUCUGGUUGCAAGCUGCAUUUCUGAGAUUACUCGUAUCACAGCACCUGAAGCGCCUUACAGUGAUAAUAUUAUGAUGGAUAUUUUUCAACUGAUUGUGACUGCUUUUACUGGGUUGAAUGAUGUCAGUGGUCCAUCAUUUGGAAGGAGGGUUGUCAUUUUAGAAACGGUUGCAAAGUACAGGUCAUGUGUUAUGAUGUUGGAUCUUGAAUGUGAUGAUCUGGUGAAAGAAGUGUUUACUACAUUUCUUGAUGUUGCUAGAGAUGACCAUCCAGAGAUUGUUUUCUCAUCAAUGCAAAACAUUAUGAUUCUUCUUUUAGAAGAAAGUGAAGAUGUGCAGGAGCAUCUUUUACUAAUUUUACUCUCUAAAUUGGGCCGGAAUAGAAGUGACGUUACAGAUGCUGCAAGAAGACUUGCUAUGAAAGUCAUAGAGCAGUGUGCCCCCAAAGUUGAAUCUGACAUAAAGCAGUUCCUAAUCUCUUCAAUGUCUGGAGAUAGCCGAUUUUCCAGCAGUCAAAUUGACUACCAUGAGGUUAUCUAUGAUUUGUACCGCUGUGCUCCUCAGGCCCUAUCCGGAGUUGCGCCGUAUCUCACUGGAGAGCUUUUGGCUGAUAAACUGGAUACUCGUUUGAAAGUGGUUGGAUUGGUUGGAGACUUGUUUUCCUUGCCUGGACGUGUCAUUUCCGAAGAGUUCGGUUCCAUUUUUUCGGAGUUUCUAAAAAGGCUGACCGAUAGGGUUGUUGAAGUUAGGAUGGCCAUCCUUGACCAUAUUAAGAACUGUUUGCUCUCGGAUCCUUUGAGAGCCGAGGCUUCUCAAAUUAUAUGUGCUCUCUGUGACCGGCUGUUGGAUUAUGAUGAAAACAUCCAUGUUCUAAAUUAUUCUAUGUGUUGCAGAUCAGAUACGAUCGAAUAUAUUCUAUGCAGUUCACUGUUUCCUAGUGGUUUCUCUGUAAGAGAUAAAGGUAAGCAUUGGAUACAAAUCUUUUCUGGGUUUGACAAAGUGGAGACCAAAGCAUUUGAGAAAAUACUGGAGCAAAAACAAAGGAUACAACAAGAAAUGCAAAGAUAUUUGUCAAUCAAGCAGACCCAACAGAGUGCUGAUGCUCCUGAUGUUCAGAAAAAAAUCCUAUUUGGAUUCAGAGUUAUGUCACGUGCAUUUUCCGACCCCCCAAAGACUGAGCAAAACUUUUUAAUUCUUGAUCAACUGAAAGAUGCUAAUAUCUGGAAAAUUUUGACCAAUCUGCUUGAUCCCAACACUAGCAUAAUGCAAGCGUCCAGGAUUCGAGAUGAUAUGCUUAAGAUACUCUCUGAGAAGCAUUCUCUCUAUGAAUUCCUCAGCACUCUCUCUAUAAAGUGUUCUUAUCUGCUAUUCAGCAAGGAAUAUGUGAAAGAGAUAUUAGCGGAAGUAUCUGCUAGAAAGUCUUCUAAACAUGUAUUGGGGAUCCAAUCUUGCAUGGACUUCUUAGGGCUCCUGGCAUCUUUCUGUCCAUCAUUGUUUGAUGGUGCUGAAGAAGAACUGAUAAGUUUCCUUAAAGAUGAUGAUGAAAUGAUAAAGGAGGGUACUCUAAAAAUUCUGGCAAAAGCAGGUGGUACUAUUCGGGAGAAUCUCAUUGUUGUAGCAAGUUCUGUGGACCUUUUACUGGAGAGGAUAUGUGUAGAAGGAAACCGCAAGCAGGCUAAGUAUGCUGUGCACGCACUAGCAUCAAUAACAAAGGAUGAUGGCCUGAAGUCGCUCUCCGUUCUGUACAAGAGACUCGUGGACAUGCUGGAGGACAAGAGACAUCAGCCAGCUGUUCUUCAGUGUCUUGGAUGCAUCGCGCAGAUUGCGAUGCCAGUCUAUGAGACUAGAGAAAGCGAAGUAGUUGAGUUUAUUAGAAGCAAAAUUUUGAAGCUCCAAAGUGAAACUGUAGAUGAUAAAAAAUUAUCAUGGGAUGACAAAAGUGAAAUUUGUCAACUGAAGAUUUAUGGGAUCAAGACGUUGGUUAAGAGCUACUUGCCUCUUAAGGAUGCUCAUCUUCGUGCGGGUGUUGAUGACCUUCUUGGAUUACUAAAAAACAUUCUUUCCUUUGGGGAAGUAUCUGAGGAUUUAGAAUCAAGUUCUGUUGACAAGGCCCAUUUGAAACUUGCUGCUGGAAAGGCAGUCCUCCGCCUUUCUAGACAUUGGGACGAUAGGAUACCUAUAGAGAUCUUUCAUUUAACUUUAAAAACCCCUGAGAUACCAUUUCCUACAGCUAAGAAAAUAUUCCUCGGGAAAAUUCAUCAGUAUGUAAAGGAUCGGGUUUUGGAGACAAAGUAUGCCUGUUCAUUCCUUUUUGAUAUCACUGGAUCAAGUGUUCUCGAAUCAGAAGAGGAGAAACACAACCUAGCUGAUAUCAUACAGCAUUCUUAUCAAACAAAAGUGCGGAAAAUUUCUUCUCAGACUGAUGCAAAUUCAGUUACUCUCCACCCUCAUCAUAUCCUUCCUUAUCUGGUUCACGCACUUGCACAUCAUUCUUGUCCUGAUGUUGAGAAUUGCAAAGACGUGAAGGAAUAUGAAAUGAUAUAUCGCCAAUUAUACUUGAUCAUUUCUAUGUUGCUCCAUAAAGAGGAAGACGGGAAGGCUGAAGAUAUUGACAAGGAACAGGAGUUUCACACCAUUAUUUUUAUCUUACAUAGUAUAAAACAGUCAGAAGAUGUCACUGAUGCAACAAAGUCGAAGAACUCACAUGCGAUCUGUGAGCUUGGGCUGUCAAUAAUCAAUCACUUAACUCAGAAAGAUCCUGAUCUACAAGGGGCGAUCACACCUGUACCACUGCCUGCGACGCUUUACAAACUUCCGGAAAAGGUUGAAGGUGACAAGUCUGAGGUAGGUGAGGAGAAAUUGUGGCUAGCUGAUGAGACUGUCCUGGCACACUUCAGAGAUCUCAAGUUGGAGAGUCAUGCUGAUGCAUCUGUGAUACCCCAAACUUCAGAAGAGGAGGUUAUGAUUGAUGGGGAAAGUGAUGGGAAUGAAAUUCCUCUGGGUAAAAUUGUAGAGCGUUUGAGAGCUCAGGGAACCAAGAUUAGAAAGGGCAAAAAGAGUAAAUCUGUACCAGCUGAAGAUGAAAAUGGUAAAAAUGAUGUCGAUGUUUUGAAAAUGGUGAGAGAGAUAAAUCUCGAUCACUUGCAAAUGCUGAAUAAAUUUGAAUCCAGUAAUGGGCACAAACAUUCCACUGGUGAUGCAACAUCAGUAGUUUCAGUCCCUAAGCGCCGGAGAUCAUCUUCUGGCCAUAGUCCUUUCAAGUUCUCAAAUAGUGGUCCUAAAGUUCCACUGAAAGCUUCUGAGGAAGAGUUGCAUCAAGAGAGAGACAUGGACACAAAUGUCUCUUUGGACUCGCACGACGAGAAUUCAGACCAAGAGAAAAUAUUAGAAAGCAUCUCUCCCCGAAAGAGAAAGAAGAGCUUAUCGUCGAAAUUAAAAAUUACAGAAUCUGAUUGGGCUCUCACAGAUCUCGACAUUCAAAGCGAAGGUGGCAACUACAGUGAGAGGAGUAGGUCUGCAGAAAGUGGUGAUAGCAAAUUGAAGUCUGCCUCUGGAUCAAUGAAGAAGCGCAAAAGAAAAAACAUGUCAGGACUGGCUAAGUGCUCUACAAACGAAAGUAAAUUGGCAAAUGACGAACUGAUUGGUUGCAGAAUAGAAGUAUGGUGGCCUAUGGAUAAACGGUUUUAUGAAGGGACAAUUAAAUCUUAUGAUUCCACAAAACAGAGACAUGUGAUACUUUACGAGGAUGGAGAUGUUGAAGUACUUAACCUAGAUAAAGAACGGUGGGAGCUCAUAGACACCGGUGGAAAGCCCGCAAAGAAGUCCAGAACAUCAAAGGGAAGUUCUAAUAAGAAAAGAUCUUUUGAAAGUAAGUCUAAGAAUUCGGAUGGGCUACAGAGGGAUGAAGACCCAAUUACCACUACGCCAAAAGGGAAAAGAACUCCAAAGAGAAACCUAAAACAUGCCGACCCAAAAGGCAAACCAAGAAGUCUCUCUUUAGAACAUGAGAAAUUAGAGAGCAGAAAUAAGAAAAGACGCUCUUCAGCCACGCCAGUAGGUGAAGUUGCUGGUAAGAAAAAAGGAAAAAAAAUGAAUACGGGUUCAGAAGCAGGGAUAGAAUAUAGUGGGGAUGCUGGCGAAGAGAAAUCAGAGUCUGAAGGAAAGUCAUUGAAAGAAGGCGAGGAUGAUGAGGAAGUUGUAAACAAGGAAGAAGAUUUACAGGAUGCAAAAACAGAAUCAAGUGGGGACGCUGAGGGGAAAGAAGCUGAACAUGACAACUCAGAUACUGAAGGGAAACAAGAAAACAAUGAAAUGGAGACUGAAGCUGAAGACGAUGCUGAGACUUCUGACAAUGAGACUCUUGGAGCGUGGAAAAGUAAAGUGGGUAAGUCGAGCUCGAGGAAAGCAACAUAAUGUAGAAGAAAUUCUCGCAAAGGAGUUGCGGUGUUUGUUCUCGAGUAUUGGUGGUCUCUGGAUUGCUGUGGUGUAUAUGUGGUAAAAGUGUGAGAUUUGUAGGGUUAGUGAUACAUACUUGUUCUAACCACCAUGAUGGAAUGAAUAAAUAGGCAGAAGAAGCUCCUCCAGAAGCUUAUGUGGUCAUGUAUUGUAGCCUCUGUGUGUGUUUUAUUUGUAGGGUUGUUUUUUUUUGUUUCUUUGUUUCUGUAAUAUUUACAACUUACAUUCCUUAACCCAAAGUACACUAUAUUCUCUUAUGGACUUAAAUUACUUUGCCACUUUCUUCA